AUGAGCAAUUGCGCCGAGGCUGGUCCCGCCGCAGAAGAGCAGGAUAAGACGUCGCCUCAUGGCGCAGACACUGGUUCCACCGCGUCAAUCAGCGAUUCGGACUCGGAUGUAUUUCAAAUCCCGCCUCUCGAGGCUUUGAACGCCGUGACGGCUCAUCUAGCUGAAUUAGCACAUCUCACCGGAGACGUUCCCGCGACGCCGCAGCGUCCCUACAGUCCCACAGAGAGCACCGAUGCUGCAAAGGAGAAGCAGAAUCUCACCGUCAGUAUCACCGAACUCCAUUGUGCAGGCGACAAGGAUGCUUCCGAGGCAGAUCGCGCACGGGGCGUUCAGCACCAUGUGCUAGCAAAACGAUUCUACUCCAAAAAAGCACCGCCCAUCUCGCUCGAGCAGUAUCUUCAGCGGCUCCACAAGUACUGCCCCAUGUCGACCGCAGUCUAUAUCGCGGCUAGCAUUUAUAUAACGAGAAUGGUGGACAUUGAGAGGACUCUUGUGGUGACCCCGAGAAACGUGCACCGGUUGGUCCUCGCGGGACUUCGAGUCGCGAUGAAGGCGUUGGAAGACCUGAGCUAUCCUCACUCCCGCUUUGCUCGGGUGGGCGGCGUUACAGAGCGCGAACUCACCCGGCUUGAAAUUACAUUUUGCUUUCUCAUGGACUUUGGCCUGCGGGUGGAUUCUCGUGCGUUGACGCGCCAGCUCACUCUGCUUCGGAGUGUGCCAUAUACACACAUGAUUCUGGAGCUCCCACCACGAGCAAAAGCUCGUGAUGAGCCCACGGCCAUUGCUUCUAGUUCCAUGCCAAAAGAGAUACCGCAGAGCUGA